AUCGAUAUGUUAUUGUCUUUUGAUUGAUUGUAGGCGGAUAUUUUCUUCCGUAAAUACAUUUCAAAUAUUGUAAACUUACUGCCAGUAACACUUUAAAUUUCGGUGUAUAUAUCGUAAGGUAUCACUUUAAAUUCAUACGUGGCCGAAUAUAUUGUAAUAUUUAUUUAUUGUUUUGACGUGUCUACAGUGUUUGUUGCAAAUGGAAACUAUUUCCAAUAGUUCUAAAAGAUGGCGGAGUUGGAUAACUUUUCAGUUGUUUGUAGAUGUUGUUGUCUGGUUAUGUGCUGCAUUUCCAGUGUUGUAUUUGUUCCUGUUUGGCACCCCAUAUGACAGAGGGUUCUUCUGUGAUGAUGUCACAUUGAGUUACCCGUACAAACCUGAUACUGUGUCCGCUUCUCAGCUUGUGUUGGGUGGAUUUGCAAUAUCUGUGUUUGUGGUUGUGAUUGUUGAAGUGCUGCGCUGUGUAGACUGCAAAAGCAAAACGUCAUGCCAAGUCAAAGAAGACAUAUCAUACUGCAUGAAAGGAUAUGCAGUAUUUCUCGUUGGUUUUGUUAUAGAACAGUUUGUUGUUCAAGUAUUAAAAAUGCAGAUGGGCGUUCUUAGACCAAACUUCUUUGAUGUAUGCAAACCUGACUUCAAUAGAACAUUUUGUCCAGGGUACAUAACAAAUUACACAUGUGCAGGUGAUGAAGACCAAGUGCGAGACAGUAGGCAGUCAUUUCCUUCAGGCCAUGCGUCUUUCUCCAUGUACGUGGCGAUAUUCUUUUGUAUAUACGUACAGAAUCGGCUAGAAAUAGAUUUUUCUUACACACUAAAAUUCUUCUUGCAAACUGGAUUAAUUUUUACGUCAGUUCUGUGUGGCCUAACUCGUAUUAAAGAUCAUAUGCAUCACCCUACUGAUGUUGCUGCUGGGUUUUCCUUGGGCUUUGUAAUAGCAGUAUUUGUGUACAAUAUGGUUGGAAAGAAGGUUUUGAACCGGAAAAACAGUGACACUUAUUUGAAAAACAUAUUAUUAAUGACUAAAUCACGUAACUGUUGCGGUUCAGAUAUGCAGACUCCGCAAUGUCACACACCUCUGCCAUUAUUAAAAAACGACUUCCUCAAUAUGGGCUUUGAAAAGACACCAACAACACCAUUAUUGACAGAUUCACCAUUCAAUGUUCGUCGGCCUCAGUCGAUGCCAGAGACUUCAUUGAAUAUGUCAGAAGAAGUUUGAUGAACAAUAGAACGAUAGAAAAAGAAAAUGGAAAGUUGUUUACAAAAUAUUAAAUUUUAUGAUGAUGUCACAUAUCAUACCUCUUUUAUAAACGGGUAUAUAAUUUAGUAGGACAUCACUCUGAAUUAAUGCCUAUUUUAAAGUUUAGAUACCUUAUGAAACCGGUUUCUGAUUAUCGUCAGAAUAUCAAAGACUUCCGGAACAGGUAGGAAGUUACUAUAUUUGGCAAAACCUUCCCGUACAGGAAGCAAGUUGCUAUAUUUGGCAAACCUUUCCCGAACAGGAAGGUUACACACCUUGACACUCGUGCCAAAUUCUCUGCAGGAAGACAGUUUGAAAUAUCACUUAAGAAAGAUUAUAAUCUAAACAUAUUUCGAGUAUCUUUUAUACAUGUAUGCCAUUCUUAUUUUGAUUAUGGAUUUUACACUGUGAUUGAACAUGUGUGUUUUGAAUGAGAUAUUAUGAUAAGAAUAAAAGAAACCUCUUUUAAUAAAACAUGUCACAGCUAGAAAAAUGUAUACUGUACAUGUACUUUAAUUGGAUUCCGAAAUAAAACUGCAGCAAUAAAACCUGUGAGACUAC